AUGGGUUUAUGUUUAUCUGCUGAGGAAAAAGAAUCACGGUUACGGAGUUAUCAAAUCGACAAACAGAUUGAAGAGGAUAGUCGAAGGUUCAAGAAAGAAUGUAAAAUUCUUCUGUUAGGGUCAGGAGAAUCGGGAAAGUCAACGAUAGUCAAACAAAUGAAAAUAAUACAUCAAAAUGGUUAUACCAAAGAUGAGUUAGCGCUUUACCGAAUAACGGUUUAUAAAAAUCUUGUUGACUCGGCACAAGCCCUUGUUUAUGCGAUGAAAAAAUUUCGAAAAGAGCCUCGAAUUCCUGAAAAUAGAGGAUUUGCUGAAAAAAUUUUGGAAUAUUAUGUUGAAUCCGACCCUGCUUUUCAACUAAGUUCAGAAAUUGUUGAUGCGAUUGAUGCUGUUUGGAGUGAUCCAAUAUCAUCAGAACUAAUGGAUCAACAAAGUCAUUUUUAUUUGAUGGAUUCUGCUCCCUAUUUCUUUGAUGAAGUAAAGCGGAUUGGAGCUAAUGGUUAUAUUCCAGAUGAAGCAGACGUUCUGCGCGCAAGAACCAAAACCACAGGAAUAUCAGAAACAAGAUUUAAUAUGGGUCAACUAAGCAUACAUAUGUUUGAUGUAGGUGGUCAGAGAUCAGAACGAAAAAAAUGGAUUCAUUGCUUUGAAGCUGUUACAUCAAUUAUAUUUUGUGUAGCUUUGAGUGAAUACGACCAGGUUUUGCUGGAAGAAAAUGGCCAGAAUCGUAUGAGAGAAAGUCUUAUAUUGUUUGAGUCAGUUAUUAAUAGUCGAUGGUUUUUACGAACUUCUAUUAUCUUGUUUCUUAACAAAAUUGACCUGUUCAGAAGAAAACUACCGAGAGUACCUCUUGAAAGAUAUUUUUCCGAGUAUUCUGGGGGAGCUGAUGUAAAUAAAGCCGCAAAGUAUAUAUUAUGGAGAUUUACACAAACCAAUCGAGCCCGACUUAAUAUAUAUCCACAUCUUACACAGGCUACUGAUACAUCGAACGUAAGCGGAUUAUAA